UAAUCACUUUCAAAUGAUCCCAAAAUAAUGAGAAAUCGCUGAAGUAUUUUCCAUUUUCUCAUCAGUACAAAGCUUUCUCCACUUUGAACUUCUGGACUUUAACGACAAUAACAUAGGGUAUUAAAAGAAAAUUAUAAUCAAGACGUUUAUUAUAUCACGUACCAUGAAAGUCAUUAACGAAUGAAAUGAUUUCUAUAUAUAAUCUUGACACCUCCGAUACAGCCAUCAAAACAUUUCAAGAUGUUCAAGUACGUAGUUCUUCUGUGCCUUUUAUCUGUUGUACUUGUGUACAGCAGACCAGCCGACAAAUAUACCACUAAGUAUGACAACAUAGAUCUAGAUGAAAUUCUAAAAAGUGAUAGAAUAAUCAAGAAUUAUUUCAAUUGUUUGAUGACUGGACGUGGAUGCACUCCUGAUGGAUUAGAAUUGAAGAAAAAUCUCCCUGAUGCUCUCAAGAACAACUGUAUGAAAUGUAGCGAGAAACAGAAAGAAGGGAGCAAAAAGAUAAUACAGUUCAUGAUUGAAAACAAGAAACAUUUGUGGGAAAAGAUAGAGAAGAAAUACGACCCAUCUGGAAGUUACAAAAAGAAGUAUGAAGCAGAACUCAAGAAGAUCAAAUCAAAGAACUGAAGAUAUAUCUAUAAACAUACAAUAGCAAAGCGAAUUUAUCAUCCUAUUAAUGUAUUAUAAAUAAUAUAUUUUUUAAUAUAUAUUUUUUAAUA